UCACCAGCAUAUUCUUCUUCAUUCCUAGAUGGGUGCUGAUCUGAUAAUAAAGUUUUUAUUGCUGGGUGUAAUCCACUUGCUUUUCGUCCGAGGAAACAAAGGUUGCUUUGAAGAGGAGAAGAAGGGCCUUCUCGAAUUCAAAGCUUUUGUUAAAUCAGAUGGCGAUGAUGCUGGCCAUCUUCUCUCCUCAUGGGUUAAUGACCCAGAGGAUGACUGUUGUAAAUGGGAGAGGGUCGGUUGUGACUCCACCACUGGCCAUGUGAUCAAGCUCUCCCUCAGCAACACCAGGCAGUUUGAUAGUUUUUUUGACUCCAAAUACAAUUGGUAUUUAAAUAUCUCCUUGUUUGAGCCAUUUAAGGAGCUAAGAAGCCUCAAUUUAUCCCUCAACGUAAUUGCUGGUUGGAAACAGAACAAAGAGUUAUCUGUUCUCGAGAACAUAGAAGAGUUGGAUUUAGGAUCCAACAUACUGGGUGGCUCGUCAGCAGCACAAGGUACAGGAAUCAAUAGUACUAGUUCUUUCACUCAGCCUGGGUUCCUUCGAGCCCACCCAGGCGCUGGGUUCCUCGUGAACCCAGCGCCUGGGUUCGCAAGGAACUCAAGCAUGCUGGGUUCGCCUGGGUUCGCACCGAACCCAGCACGCUUGUGUUCGGUUCCUUGCGAACCCAGCAUGCCUGGGUUUGGUGCGAACCCAGCAUGCCUGGGUUUGGUGCGAACCCAGCACGCUUGGGUUCGGUUCCUUGUGAACCCAGUGCCUGGGUUCGCAAGGAACCCAAGCGUGCUGGGUUUGCGUUUGGGUUCCUACAAACCCAGCACGCUAGGAACCCAAAUGAAGAAGGCAAGGCAAGGCAGUUGCUGGGUUAUUGUAGGUGUUGGGUUCGAUUUUUCAAUUUCGAAUGCUAGGUUUUUGCAGGUGCUGUGUUCGUUUGCAGAUAUUGUUGCAAUUUUGGGCACGCUCCCAUCCCUAAAAUUGCUUGACCUUUCAAGCAACUCGUUAGGAGGACCCCUUUAUAACAAAGAUUUGGGUUACCUGAGCAAUUUGGAGGUGCUUAAUUUGAGUCAUAAUAGCCUAAGUGGAAACUUGCCAAUUCAAGGUUUUACAAGAUUGGAGAUAUUAGAUUUGAGCUGGAAUCAAUUCAGCGGUGGUAUUCCUCCAUCUAUUGGGGCACUUCAUUCUUUGAAAGCAUUGUCUUUGUCUAACAAUCAACUUAAUGGCUCCUUACCAAUUCAUGGUAUGUGUGGAUUGAAGAGGCUUCAAGAGUUGGAUCUCAGCCGAAAUAAUUUUGAAGGGACACUUCCUCCAUGGCUAAACAAUUUGACAUCUCUUAAACUUUUAGAUCUCUCUUACAACCUUUUCACUGGAAACCUUUCUUCAAAUUUGAUACGAAACCUCCCCUUAUCCCUUGAAUUCAUUGACCUUCGUCAUAACUUUUUUGAAGGCUUAUUCUCCUUCAACGACAUUGGAAAUCAUUCCAAGCUUAAGGUUUGUAUGCUCACGGGAUACAAAGAUAGACUAAACAUUGAUACUCAAAAUCCUGGUUGGAUCAAUCUGUCAUUUCAACUCAAAGCAUUGGUACUCUCUGAUUUGAAUCUAAACAGUGUUCCAAAGUUUCUAUUUUACCAACAAAGAUUGAGAGUAAUUGAUCUUUCCCACAACAAGUUGAAAGGAGAGUUUCCUGUUUGGUUGCUACAAAAUAAUCUUGACCUCAAAUUUAUGAAUCUCAGAAAUAACUCUUUUGCUGGUCAAUUCUAUUUGCCAUAUCGAUUAGGAAAUAUGGUUUGGCUUGAUCUGUCAGAGAAUCAAUUCACUGGGAAGUUACCAAAAGAUGUUGGCGACAAGCUUCCUAGCUUACAAUAUCUUAAUUUGUCUUUGAAUCAUUUUGAAGGUGCUCUCCCAAGUAGUCUUGGAAACAUGCAUGAUUUGUUGGGGUUGGAUUUGGCCUUUAAUAAUUUCUCAGGAGAAAUCCCUAAGGAAUUGGUUGCAAGGUGUAGCAAUUUGGAACAUUUGAUAGUAUCCCACAACAGACUUGGUGGCAAAAUCUUUUCAUCUGAAUUCAACUUGAGUAAUUUGUUUCAGUUAGAGCUUAACAACAAUGAAUUCACUGGAAGCCUAUUGAAUGUGACACUUGAGAUGUUGGGCAUAUUAGAUGUUAGCAACAACAACAUGACAGGUCAAAUUCCCACCUGGAUUAAUAAGGGUCUAAUCCCAAAGACAAUAUGUUUUUUGAAAGAAAUAAGCAUAAUGGAUCUUUCUAGCAACUCUUUCUCUGGUACAAUACCUUCCUGUCUUCAAAAUUUAACCUUUGGGGGGAUGGAGAAUUAUGGUAAAACUCUUGCACAAGAUCAAUUGCAAAUUUCAAACACAUUCACUGAUGAAAAUCACAUAUAUGGAGAUCUCUUGAGGAAGAAUUUGAACCUGCUCAUAGAUAUUGAGGCUGCAGGACUGAAUGAGAUUUACUUGGUUGAUAAAAACAGGGGUAGCUCUUACAAGGGUAGUAUAUUAAAUUUCAUGUCUGCUCUUGACAUGUCUUGUAAUGAUUUAACUGGAGAAAUCCCUCAAGAGAUUGGAAAGUUCACUCAGAUUCAUGCAUUAAACUUUUCUCAUAAUCGAUUGAUGGGUCUUAUUCCAGUCACCUUGUCUAAGCUAUCCCAGAUUGAAAGCUUGGACCUUUGUUGCAACAAUCUAAGUGGAAAUAUCCCUCCUGAGUUAACGAACCUAAACUUCUUGGAGGUCUUUAAUGUGUCACACAACAACUUAUCUGGCCAGAUUCCAAUGAUGAAAGCACAGUUUUCAACAUUUGAGAAGAGUAGCUAUGAAGGAAAUCAAUUUCUUUGUGGCCCACCAUUGGAGAAAUGCUGUCUCAUUAAUAUUGAGACACCAUACUUGGAAUCAUCGCCUUUGGGUGCAACAAAAGGGAAUUGGCCUCGAUGGGUGAGAUUCUUGGAUUUGGUAUUCUUCGAGUUCUCAAGUUGUUGAUGAAAAUUUUUAAUGGCUAUCCUACUCUUCUAUGUAGUUCUUGCGUGUUUCUAUGAUGUUGAGUCAAUUAAACAAAAGUUCUUGCCUAUCUAGACUAUGUAGUCAUUUUAGUCCUUUGGUCAUGAUAACUCUUUAGUUAUUGUGUAGCCCUUAUGUAAAUUUCUAGUUCUUGCGCUUUAUAUACUAUGUAAUGAAUUUAAGACAUCUCU